CAGUUUUCUCAGAGUUGUGGAGCCGUCGAGAACGCGGAGCAUUCGCCCAUGUAAAGCCGCAGAAUCCGUCGAUUUUCGCCGGAAUUUAUCAAUCCGAUUUGCCAGUAAUUUGCAACAGAAUAAGUGAAUUUGCCAAGUGAAUUUCCCUAGUUUUUUUUUUCAACUUGCAACGAAAGUGCUAAAGUUACGAAACUGCACUUUCCACGUUGCACUUGCAACCCCAACAGUUUUUUCCACCAGAUCCACCAGCUGAGGGAAAACUAUUAAUAAACCGGGCGAAGGAUGAAACAAAUUCAGAUGUGACGCCCAUCCUCGUCGAAAAUCAAAAGUCGCAAGUGAACAAUUUAGAUACAUAGAUACAUAGAUACAUAGAUAGAAGCGGACGGAUCCAGCAAGACCAUACAUACAUACAUAUUGUACAGCUGAGACAGCGAACACCUUCAGCUUUCCGGCUGAUCCCAAUCCAAAUCGCGAACUAGAGCGCAGUGCCCACCAUGGAUAAUUGGAAUGUUUUGGCAGCGCAAACCUCCUCGCAGGCCAUCGGACUCCACGACUCUGGCGUGGUGAAGACCCGACUGACCAUUGAGAAGCUGCCGGACAAGGUGCUGCUGCACAUCUUCUCGUAUCUGUCGCACCGCGAGAUCUGCCGCCUGGCCAGGAUUUGCCGACGAUGGCGGCAGAUUGCAUACGACACGCGGCUGUGGAAGAACGUGAGCCUGCGACCGGAGGUCUCCGGACUGCACGUGGGCUCGCUGGAGAUGCUGCUGCAGCUGAUCUCGGUGAGAUUCGGACCGACUCUGCGCUACAUCGAGCUGCCCAUCGAGCUGAUCACGCACACGGUGCUCCACGAACUGUCCGCCAAGUGCCCCAAUUUGACCCACAUGCUGCUGGACUUCUCCACAGCCAUGCAGCUGCACGACUUCAGCGAGAUGCAGGCCUUUCCCACCAAGCUGCGCUACAUGUGCGUCUGCCUCUCGGAGGUGAUCUUCAUGGAGGGCUUCAUGCGCAAAAUCUACAACUUCAUCAACGGCCUGGAGGUGCUGCAUCUAAUUGGCACGUACGAGAAGUGCGAGGAGGAGGAGGAGGAGAUCUACGAGGUGAUCAACGUGCACAAGCUCAAGUCGGCCACGCCCAAUUUGCGUGUGAUCAACCUGUACGGCAUCAACUUCAUCGAUGACUCGCACAUCGACGCCUUCAGCUCGAACUGCAUCCAGCUGGAGUGCCUGGCCGUCAACUUCUGCAACAAAGUGACCGGCUCCACCCUGAAGACCCUGAUCCAGCGUUCCAAGCGCCUCACCUGCCUGCUCAUGAACGGCACCAGCCUGAAGUCGGAGUUCGUCAUGCAGGCCGAGUGGGACAAGUGCGCCCUGCAGGAGCUGGACAUCACGGCCACCGAUCUUUCGACCGAAUGCCUCGUGGACAUGCUGAGCAGGAUCCCCAGCCUCAAGUUCCUCUCAGCCGGCCAGAUCAAUGGCUUCAACGACAGCGUUCUCAAGCAGUGGAUGGAAUCGGGCACCACCAGGUCGCUCAUUUCCCUGGACUUGGACUCCUCGGACAACAUCUCGGAUGAGGGCCUGCUUAAGUUUAUACAGCGCCAGGGUCAUCAGCUGAGCGCCUGCUGUCUCUCGGGCAUGCCCCACAUCACCGACCAGCUGUGGAUGAGCAUCCUGCCCCUGCUGGGCAACUGCAAGAUCAUUGUUAUGGGCACCGCAGAGAAGCUGGGCGUCAACAUCCACGUGGACCAGCUGAUGGACACCAUCGCCUCGAAUUGCGGCAACUUGGAGCGGCUGGAGCUGCGCUGGGAUCCGGACAACCUGCGCUUCUCCGACAAGAGCCAGAAGGCCAUCGAUAUUCUGCGCGUCAAGUGCCUCAAGCUGCGCUGCAUGGUGCUCAGCGAUGGUCGCUACUAUGAGACGGUCAAGGCCAACUUUGAGCGUGCCGAUCGCAUCACCGUGGUGCGCACCACCACCUGCUGCCGUGUGUCUCCCUAUCACCUGCUCCGCAACUACAACGAUUUGAUUUUCAACUGAGCCUCUGAGGUUCAGAGCUGAAAGCCAAGAGAGGAUUGGUAGCUUGCACUUACCCGGUUGCAGAGCUCUGGAUGGGAUUUACCCACAACAGGGCCGGAGGAGAAGCAAUGUUUCUGUGUGUUUUCGCUUACAAUAAGAGUGUUUUAAUGUUUUCUGUAUUUUCCGCUUCUUUCGUUUAAUUACUUUAAAUCUAAAUAAACGUACAUAGGUAAUUUAAAUAAAAAC